AUGUAUGGAGCCCAGGAGGCUGUGAAAGUGGUGCUCAAGGUCUCGAUGGUCAUGAUCCUGUUGGAACUCAUGGAGCUCAGCCAUGUUUGUCUGGAUGCCAAGGUGGAUUCCAGUGCAGAGGCCUGUGGGAAGGUUAACACCAUCUAUUAUGGGCACAGAUUAUGGACACGAGAGUGUGUGCGCCACCUACAGGAGGGUCAAGAAGGGGACAUCAAUGGCAACCAUGACCAGCUUCUUCUGGUGGUCACGCCCAGCUCGGGGAGCCCAGACUCAUCUCCCUGCUCCAGCCGGGAGCUGGAGCUGGAUUCUGUCACAGUGCUGGCUCUAUUUAAUCCUUGAGAAGAGCCCUCCCAGGUCCCACCCAGAGUGGCGCUACAGGGAUCAGCUGACAUAGGAAAGAUAACCCUGGCCAGAAAAAUGGUGCUGGACUAGACCACUAGCACCCUGUACCCAGGCUGGUUUGAUGAUGCCUUAUGUGUGAGCUGUAGAAUGGGGUCCUUAUGUGUGGCCUUGCUGGCAGAGGGCAAACUGGACCAGCUCCUCCUCUGGUGUUGUAGGGACAAUCAAGCAGCUGUCACAGGGCUUCUGAGGCAGCUGGAGUGGCACCAGUUCAUCCUGGAUGGCUAUGAUGAGCCGCAGGAGCCUUGGGCAGAGAGGUUGAAGAGGCUGAGGUCCAGUCCCAAGGAGGAAGUGCUGCGCCCUUGAAUCAGGAGGACAGUAUUGCCGAGGUCCUCCCUUCUCAUCACCACCCAAACCCUGGCUUCGUGGAAUCCAGAGCCCUUGCUGAGACAACCACACUCUGACCACAUUCUCAGAGGUUUCUCUGAGGACAAGAAGAGGAGUUAUUUAAGCUCCUAUUUCACAGAUGAGAAACAAGGUAGAAAUGCCCUUGACAUUGUGCGAGCAAAUGAUGUUCUCUACAAAGCAUGUCAGGUUCUAGGAAUUUGCUUUGUCUGCUCUUGGCAAGGUCAGAUAGAGAGAGGCAGAGAGGUCUCAGAAGUGCCCAGCACAGUGCCCAGUCUAUACUGUGGUGUAGUGUGA